AUGCAAAUCCAAGAUGGCGCCAGAGACACCGGAUCCCCCAUACUGGAACCUGAGGUAGGAGACAGCCAAAGCAGCUUUCACAGCACAGACAUGACUCCUGCCACAGAUGCAUCAAUAAGCACAAUGCUGGACAAGCUUAAAACAGCCCUGUGCUCUGAAAAAACAGAGGGACUACUAGAAGCGCACAAUGACCUAGCAGAGGCGCAUGUAGCGCUGGAAAACAAGGUCAGAUACUUAGAGGGGAAAAUUACAGAUAAUGAGGAACGAGAUAGAAGAAACAACAUCAGGAUCCGUGGAAUACCUGAAAAUGUGGGUCCACAGGACCUCCCACAAUUUGUACAGAAGCUGUUUAAAUCUAUGAUCCCAACAUUAACAGAAGCCGACCUCUGA